AUGGAGGACCUGGGGGAGAACACCACGGUCCUGUCCUCCUUGAGGUCCUUGAACAACUUCAUCUCCCAGCGCGUGGACGGAGGAGCGGGCCUGGACGCCUCGGCCCCGGGGUUCCUGCAGAUGCAGUACCAGCAGAGCAUGCAGCUGGAGGAGCGAGCAGAGCAGAUCCGGUCCAAGUCUCACAUCAUCCAGGUGGAGCGGGAGAAGAUGCAGAUGCAGCUGAGCCACAAGAGGGCUCGUGUGGAGCUGGAGCGAGCGGCCAGCACCAGCGCCCGGAGCUAUGAGCGUGAGGUGGACCGCAACCAGGAGCUCCUGACCCGGAUUCGGCAGCUCCAGGACCGGGAGGCGGAGGCGGAGGAGAAGAUGAAGGAGCAGCUGGAGCACAACCGGCAGUGCAAGCAGAGCCUGGACGCCGCCAACAAGCGGCUGCGGGAGAAGGAGGAUGGCCUGGCCGAGGCCGGCGAGACCAUCAGCGAGUUGAAGGGCAGGGUCUCAGAGCUGCAGUGGACCGUGAUGAACCAGGAGAUGCAACUGAAGGGCCUGGAGUCCGAGAAGCAGGAGCUGCAGGAACAGCUGGAGCUGCAGCUCAGAAAAUGGCAGGAAGCUAAUCAGAAGAUCCAGGAACUCCAGGCUGGCCAGGAAGCCAGGGCGGAGCAGGAGCAGAAAAUCAAGGAUUUGGAGCAGAAGCUGUUCCUGCAGGAGCAGGAUUCUGCGAUUGUGAAGAACAUGAAAUCGGAGCUGGUGCGGUUGCCCAAGAUGGAGCUGGAGCUGAAGCAGCUGAAGGAGGAAAAUGCCUACCUGCGGGAGAUGCGAGAAACCAACGGGCUGCUCAGGGAAGAAGUGGAGGGGCUGCAGCGGAAGCUGAGCCGUCAGGAGAAGAUGCAGGAAAACUUGGUUGACCUGGAGCUGGAGAAGGAGAGGCUGCUGGCGAAGCUGCAGAGCUGGGAGCGACUGGACCAGAGCACGGGCUUGAGCAUCAGGUCCCCGGAAGACCUCUCCCGGUUCAUCGUGGAGCUGCAGCAGCGGGAACUGGCCCUGAAGGACAGGAACGGCUCCAUCACCAGCAGCGUCCGGGAGCUGGACAAGAUGAGGCAGCAGCUGCAGGAGGAGGUCCGCCAGGUCAGCGCUCAGCUGCUGGAGGAGAGGAAGAAGCGUGAGACGCACGAGGCGCUGGCCCGCAGGCUGCAGAAGCGGGUGCUGCUGCUGACCAAGGAGCGGGAUGGCAUGCGCGCCAUCCUGGGGUCCUACGACAGCGAGCUGACCCCGGCCGAGUACUCGCCCCAGCUGACCCGGCGGAUGCGCGAGGCCGAGGACAUGGUGCAGAAAGUGCACGCCCACAGCUCGGAGAUGGAGGCUCAGCUGUCACAGGCACUCGAGGAGCUGGGCAGCCAGAAGCAGAGAGCGGACAUGCUGGAGAUGGAGCUGAAGGUGCUGCAGGCCCAGGCGGGCCCCGCCGAGCAGAGCGUCCUGCUGUCCCGGGAGGAAGCGAGCGAGCUCAGGGUGAAGGUGGAGGAGCUGGAAGGGGAGCGCAGCCGCCUGGAGGAGGACAAGCGGAGGCUGGAGGCGCAGCUGGAGCACCUCACCCUGCAGGGCGACUACGACCAGAGCAAGACCAAAGUGCUGCACCUGAGCGCCAACCCCGCCCGAGAGGCGCAGCAGAGCCGCCGCCAGGACCAGGCGCGGCUGCAGGAGGAGUGUGAGCGGCUGCGGAAGCUGGUGUGCGCCCUGGAGCGGGGCGGCCCCGUGCCCGCCGACCUGGAGGCCGCGGGUCUGCCCUCGUCCAAGGAGGUGUCAGAGCUGAGGAAGCAGGUGGAGAGCGCGGAGCUGAGGAACCAGCGGCUGAAGGAGGUCUUCCAGGCCAAGGUACAGGAGUUCCGCAAGGUCUGCUACACGCUCACCGGCUACCAGGUGGACAUCACGCGUGAGAGCCAGUACCGGCUGACCUCCAUGUACGCCGAGCGCCAGGAUGACUGCCUGGUCUUCAAGGCCACGGGACCCUCGGGCUCCGGGAUGCAGCUGCUGGAGACGGAGUUCUCUCGGACGGUGCCCGAGCUCAUCGAGCUGCACCUGCUGCGCCAGGACAGCAUCCCCGCCUUCCUCAGCGCCCUCACCCUCGACCUCUUCAGCCGCCAGACGCUGGCCUAG